AUGUUCUCGCCCGCUGUUGGCAGAGUCGCCCGCUCUGCAAACACUUUGGCUGCUGCGCCAGCCAACUCGUUUGUCUUCACCCGCUGCGCCCGCUCUGCGCUGAGCACCAGCACUGCGCCGCAACAACCCUUCCGACCCAGUCACCAGCGGCGCUACUCGUCCUCGAAGCCGUCAACACCCCCGAAUAGCAAGAAGAAGCCCGCCGAGUUGGACCAGAAUGCCACGGCAGAGCUCCGGGGUGCGGGGAGGAGGUCCAAAGAGACGAAGAAGCUGAAGGAGCCCUCGACGGCUACUACAGGCAACAACGUGCCCUUUGUACCACCGACAAACCACCUCCGGGAAGACGAUGUCAAGCUAUCCGCCUUCUUCGGCCUCCACCGCCCCAUCUCCAUCUCGCGCUCCUUCCCCAGUUCGACGUCGACCGCUGAAUUCGACGCCUUCUUCGACGUCAACCGGGCAAACGACGUCCAAAGAAUGGAAGCCACCAAAGAUGUUCUGAGUGGCUUCUUGGACCGCGUGCACGCCGAGAUAGAUGCGCAAGAGGAGCAGCGAGCCGACGCAAUACAAUCAGAACAGCGCAUCAUCCAUGUCGAUUUCCAGCCAACAAAAGAGAACAUCGAGGACUUGGCCGCCCGCCUUGUUCCCUUCCAACCACCACCGGCACCUGAUCUGAAUGAUCCAAUCUAUAGCGCGACUGAGUCCGAGUCCCGCUCUGCCGAAGAUCUCUCCGCUAGCAUUAACCAGCGCAUAACCGAAGUCCCACUACCUUCGGAACAAGACCGGCCGAGCACAUUCCGCGAGCACGUUGCGCGACGACGAUAUGGCAUGUACAUGAUUAGUGUAAAGAGGCAACGGAAGCUCAAGAUGAAGAAGCACAAGUACAAGAAACUUAUGAAGAGGACAAGAUUGCUGCGGAGGAAGCUGGAUAGGACCUAG